UUCGUUUUUUCUUUAAAAAUAAUUUGAAUUCUCGAUUUUCGCCAUCUCCAAGAAAAAAGUUAACACGGAAUAAUAAACGGAAAGGAACACCCCAUCUGGACGGACACUCUGCUUUGUUAGAUUAAAUUAUUUUGCUUUGACUUAAACGAAGCCUCGCUCACAGCUUGCAGGCUCGCUCUUUUAUGCACAAUUUUCUCAGUGUCCGCAUCUACUUUCGUCGACAAUCAUCUUGGAACCAGAUUUCCUUUUGCUCUUUUUCCAUUUGCUUCUAGCUAAUAGCUAUCCCCUUUUUUCUUUUUCCUUUCUCACAUUUUAGUUCACUAGGCGGGAAAAAUAAGUAAAUUAUAUCUUGUAUCCACACUAACGCGGUUACGUUUCAUUUCAGUCUGUAGAGUAGACUAGCAGAGUGACAAUCAACACAUAGCAGAAACAUCUCGUUCCUGCUGAAAGUAGUGCAUUUUGGUCGAAUGGCAUUUCUGCGCAUUUUCUAUUCCAUUUGCCUGCUGGAUCUGAUUCUCCGGCAAGGAAAUGCAGAGCCUAUUGAAGAUAAGCGAGCUUUGCUUGAUUUUGUGAACCAGUUCUCUCACUCUCGCCCUCUAAAUUGGAAUGAGAACUCUUCUGUAUGUACUAACUGGACUGGAGUCACUUGUAACGAAGAUAAGUCCCGAGUAAUUGCUGUCCGACUUCCGGGAAUUGGAUUUCAUGGAGCAAUUCCACCCAAUACAAUUGGCCGCCUCUCAGCACUGCAAAUCGUGAGCCUCAGAUCCAAUUUUAUCAGUGGGAGUUUUCCUUCUGAUUUGUCUGAGUUAAAAAAUCUAUCUGUGCUUUAUCUUCAAUUUAACAACCUGUCGGGUUCUUUACCGGAUUUCUCAGUCUGGAAGAAUCUUACCAUCGUCAAUUUGUCCAAUAAUCGUUUCAAUGGCAGCAUUCCUUUCUCAAUUUCUAAUUUGACUGAACUUGCUGGUUUGAAUCUCGCAAACAACUCGCUUUCUGGUGAAAUUCCUGAUAUCCAGUUGCUCAGAUUGCAACAGUUGAAUUUAUCUAACAACAAGUUGAACGGUAGUGUACCUAAUUCUCUCCAGAGGUUUCCUAUGUCAGCAUUCCUAGGUAAUAACAUAUCUUUUGGAAAUUAUCCCCACCUUUCUCCUGUACUUCCUCCUUCUUUCAAACCGUCUUCAAAAUCUAAGAAACACGGAGGUCUCCGGGAAACAACACUACUAGGAGUUUCGACUGCCGUUGGUGUUCUUGCCCUUUUCGCUUUUGGUUUUCUGAUGUUUGUAUGCUUCUCGAGAAGGAGGGACGAAGAUGGGUUCUCUGGGAAGUUGCAAAAGGGAGGAAUGUCUCCGGAGAAAGAAGUUUCGAGGAAUCAAGAUGCGAAUAAUAAACUAGUUUUCUUUGAGGGAUGUAACUAUGCCUUUGACUUGGAGGAUUUGUUACGGGCUUCUGCUGAGGUACUGGGCAAGGGAACGUUUGGCACUGCAUACAAGGCCAUACUAGAGGAUGCUUCCACAGUGGUCGUCAAGAGGCUGAAGGAUGUAGCUGUUGGAAAAAAAGACUUUGAGCAACACAUGGAGAUUGUGGGAAGUCUUAAACAUGAUAAUGUGGUUGAACUGAAAGCAUAUUACUAUUCCAAGGAUGAGAAAUUGAUGGUAUAUGAUUAUUACAGUCAGGGGAGCCUCUCUUCUUUACUGCAUGGUAAAAGAGGAGAGGAUAGGGUGGCCUUGGAUUGGGAUAGUCGGCUUAAAAUAGCAUUAGGUGCCGCAAGAGGGAUUGCUCGUAUCCACGCAGAGAAUGGUGGAAAGAUGGUGCAUGGAAACAUUAAAUCUUCAAAUAUCUUUGUCAACUCUAAGCAGUAUGGUUGUGUAUCUGAUCUUGGGUUGGCCAUGAUAAUGAGCUCACUGGCCCUCCCGAUCUCGCGUGCUUCUGGCUAUCGAGCACCCGAAGUUACAGACACCAGAAAAGCAGCACAGCCUUCAGAUAUCUACAGUUUUGGAGUGGUUUUGCUGGAGCUUCUGACUGGGAAAUCCCCCAUUCUUACUACAGGUGGGGAUGAGAUUGUCCACUUGGUGAGGUGGGUUCAUUCAGUUGUGCGAGAGGAGUGGACAGCUGAAGUGUUUGACCUGGAACUGAUGAGAUACCCAAAUAUAGAAGAAGACAUGGUGGAGAUGUUACAGAUAGCCAUGGCUUGCGUGGCAAGGAUGCCAGAUCAGAGACCGAAGAUUUCAGACGUUGUAAAGAUGAUAGAAAAUGUGAGACAACUUGAUGCCGAUAAUCGUCCACCACCUGAGAGCCAAGCUGAAAAUGCAUCACCACCGUCAGUGUUAGGUACUCAUCUCUAAUUCUUUGAACAGGAUUGCAGCAACUUUCCUCCUAGGCUUUCCGGUAAGAAAUGAAACAAAGUUACUGCUUUUAUUCGGUUUUGAGUGCAUGGAAACUGAAACUCUCUGGUUGUGAACAAAAGCACGAUUCUUUUUUGUUCUUUUCCCUCUCUUCCUUUUUAUGUUUAAUUUGCCCGGGUUGGCCGCGGAAGAAAACAGCUUGUGGUAAGGGAAGAGGUUAUCUUUCUUCUGAAACAAGAAAGACGGGCUUUUACUUGCUUGAGGCUUAACAGUGUGCUCACUCAGACCACCUCACAGUAAGGUGCCUAGGACACACUAUUACUCCACACUAAGAUGGUGGUUGAAUUGCCACGUGGUUCAGACGGUGAAGCCAGAUAGCCAAUACUCCACACUAGGAUGAUAUUUUGAGCUCAAAGACAAUUUUUCAUAGUUCAUUUGGUCUUUAUAAUUUUAUUUCACCUUCGAGUAUUUUUUUUUUCUAAUUACAUUCUGUUUUACCGCCUGAUUUAUAGCGAUUUAUUUAAUUC